GACAACGUUGGCCGCCCACACCCCGCUCUGCGCCAACACGCCCGUCCUGCCCUCACACCCAUUGCGCGCCCACAGCCCACAGUGCGCGCCCACACCCACCCUGUGUGUCAACACCCACACUGAGUGCCCACAUCCACCCUGGGCGCCCACACCCACCCUGCGCGCCCUCACCCACCCAGUGCCUCCACACUCGAGCUGCGCGCCGCACUCAUUGCCGUCCCGCAACCAGUCACUACGCCCACACCCGCCCUGCGCCACCCGCUCUGCGCCGCCCUCUGACGUCACCACCAGCCACGGCUUGACCUGCCAGGUUGUUGUCCCUGUCCUCGGGUCAUGCUGGCGGGUGUGCUUCAGGCUUCGUGGCAACGCUCAUUCCUCAAGCACCUGCACCUGGCUACGCUGUCAGUGAAGCACCACCACUGAAGCACCACCAGAGCAGCACCUCCAGUGAAGCACCACCAGUGAAGCACCACCAGUGCAGCACCAACAGUGAAGCACCACCAGUGCAACACCUCUAGUGAAGCACCACCAGUGAUGCACCUCUAGUGAAGCACCACCAGUGAAGCACCUCUAGGGAAGCACCACCAGUACAGCACCUCCAGUGCAACACCUCUAGUGAAGCACCUCCAGUGCAACACCUCUAGUGAAGCACCACCAGUGAAGCACCUCUAGGGAAGCACCACCAGUGAAGCACCUCUAGGGAAGCACCACCAGUGAAGCACCUCUAGUGAAGCACCUCUUGUGAAGCACCAUCAGUGAAGCACCUCUAGUGAAGCACCACCAGUGAAGCACCUCUAGUGAAGCACCACCAGUGAAGCACCACCAGUGAAGCACCACCAGUACAGCACCUCCAGUGCAACACCUCUAGUGAAGCACCACCAGUGAAACACCUCUAGUGAAGCACCGCCAGUGAAGCACCUCUAGUGAAGCACCACCAGUGAAGCACCUCUUGUGAAGCACCACCAGUGAAGCAACACCAGUGCAGCACCACCAAUGAAGCACCACAAGUGAAGUACCACCAGUGCACAAGAGUGCAGCACCACAAGUGAAGUACCACCAGUGCAGCACAAGAGUGAAGCACCACCAGUGAAGCACCUCUAGUAAAGCACCACCAGUGAAGCACCUCUAGUGAAGCACCACCAGUGAAGCACCUCUAGUGAAGUACCACCAGUGAAGCACCACCAGUGCAGCAGCAUCAGUGAAGCACCGCUAGUGCAGCAGCAUCAGUGCAGCACCACCAGUGAAGCACCACCAGCGCAUCAUCACCAGUGAAGCACCAUCAGUGAAGCACCCCAGUGCAGCACCACCAGUGAAGCACCACCAGCGCAUCAUCACCAGUGAAGCACCAUCAGUGAAGCACCCCAGUGCAGCACCACCAGUGAAGCACCCCAGUGGAGCACCGCCUGUGAAGCACCCCAGUGCAGCACCACCAGUGAAGCACCAUCAGUGAAGCACCCCAGUGCAGCAAUAUCAGUGAAGCACCCCAGUGCAGCAUAACCAGUGAAGCACCUCCAGUGAACCCCAACACUGAAGCACCACCACUGAAGUACCACCAGUGAACCACCACAAGUGAAGCACCUCCAGUGAAGCACUGUCAGUGAACUAUCACCAGUGAAGCACCUCAAGUGAAACACCACCUGUGAAGCACCACCAGCGCAGCAUCAGUGAAGCACCACCAGUGCAGCACCACCACUGCAGCACCAUCAGUGAAGCACCACCACUGCAGCACCACCAGUGCAGCACCAUCAGUAAAGCACCACCACUGCAGCACUACCAGUGAAACACCACCACUGCAGCACCACCAGUGCAGCACCAUCAGUAAAGCACCACCACUGCAGCACCACCAGUGAAACACCACCACUGCAGCACCACCAGUGCAGCACCAUCAGUGAAGCAUCACCACUGCAGCACCUACUAUUCAAGCACGAAGAGUUCCAGGGUGCGAGAUGUUGAGUGGUGCAGCGAUCACAGCGCUGCUCGUGGCUGGGUGCUGGGUGCCAGGGACGGCCCUGCCCUACCCGCGGGAGUCCCGACUGCUCUACACGGAGACCAUCGUCACCUCCGUCAUCAGCGGCGCCCCUCCGGGAGCUCGACUCAUCAGGGCCAAGGGCGACCUUCCUCCUCUCAUCGACAGACUGGUACAUAAUGCCACCAACAUCAGGAGGAAUAUUGUCGACACCUUCCGUUGUGAUGGUAGGGUGUAUGGCUAUUAUGCUGACCAGGAUAAUGACUGCCAGAUCUUCCACAUAUGUGUACCCAUGGAGCAGCUCUUCCCUGACCUGUAUGAUGCACAAGACAUCUACCAGUUCUCCUUCAUCUGUCCAGCCUACACUAUCUUUACCCAGGAUGCCAUGGUAUGUGCCUGGGUAGACAUGGCCUUUCCCUGCUCUGAAGCUCACCUCUUGUACGACCGCAACAAUCACUUCUUCGUGGUGCCUGCAGAGGAGGUCUACCGGGAGACUGUUACACCUACUUCGGAGUCUGUGUCUUCACCUCUGACUGUAGCAUCAGCACGCUCAGAGACAGUGACAACAUUACCUCUGUCUACAGCACAGUUACCCCCGCUACUGCCUAAAACAGUACAGCCUGAAGAACUACCGCCUGAAAUACUACUGUUUGAAACACUGCCUGUUACACAGCUACCAUAAUCAUGAAAUUGUGCUUCCUCUUUACCUCGUCUUCGUUCUUUCCUUUGAUCUCGUUCUUCCUUAUGCAUUGAAGAUGCAUUUUUUUCACCAUAUAAUUUAUCUAACCGGAAUGAUUAAGGACACAAUUCUAUGAAUGACUACAUGAAGCAUGAAGUAGACACCUUUAGGAUUAUAAGAACUAUGGGCAUUAUAAUUAUAUAAAUCUCACUAUUACACACUCAGGGCAUUAAUCGGCUUAUAUGUGCUGAGGAGUUUAGAGAGAAUUAUUGGCAUUUAGUAUUCUAGCAUUAUGAGUGUGUGUGAAUAGUGUAUAGUUUUAAGUUUGUACCUGAUUACACUUGAGCUUGUAAAGGCAGCGCUUGAGUCUUUAUAUAUACCAUAACACACUUCUGCUCUUACUAAUUUGUGCCAAAAAAUACACUCUAAGGUUACUGCAUAUUAACAAACAGCUAAUGAAGACCAUAUAGCUUAAAUAACAUUAGUAAAUAAUCAAAACAAUAGCUAUAUGUGAAUGUAAUAUUAGAUGUGUGUAACUAGUUUAUUAGGUAAAGUGUACCCCUCAUUAGUGCACAUCUACACUCAUGUCAAUUAAUAAUAAUGUUUUAUUAAUAUGAGUUAAUUCUGGACAUUGUAUUUAGUAGUGAUAUAUUAGUGUAAUUAGUAAGAGCAUGUAAUCUUUACUGUAUAAUUACUUAAAGCUAAGCAAUAAUAAAAUUAAGGUGUACAAGUGCUUGAUACACUCCACAUGCAUGUGGGGGUGAAGUUUAGUGUGUUGUUGAUAGUCAUCAUGAGAGACAAGUAGCAGUAAAUACGGAUAAGAAAAGACAGGAAGCAUGAUAAUCUACAACUGACAGCAAACAGGACCCUCUGUUUACACAUGACACAUUAACAAACAUAUUUAUGAGUCAGUCUAGUAACACCCACUAUUCAAGCAAUGCAGGUAGCAUUGUUAAAUGUUGAGGAAUGAGAAACACAAAAUUAUACAGUAAAAUACCAGGAAAGGCAGCUAUGAGGUAGAGGGUUAGAGCUAGUUAGUAGUAGUACUGUACUGUAUAAUAGUGUGAACACAGAGAGAGGACAGUGUGGAACAGGUUUGUAAGGAAAAUUUAUUGGUUAAUGUGAUGGGUAACCCAGCAAGAUGGGAGGACAAGUAGAGGACUUGAUGAUUGUGAGAAUCCUUCUAAAGCCACAGGAGAAUGGAAAGAUGGGUAUGGUGAGAUAUGACUGGCAAGAGGCCAUGGUGGCAGUAAUGAAAGUCUGGUAUGUAAGGUAAUAAAGAUAAUAAAGAAUGUCUGGCGAGUAUGACAACAGUGACGACAGGGUCUGGAGAAUACUGCACAAGUCUCUGUCCUGCACACUGAGACCAGCUAAACCAUGCAUAAAUAUACAUAUAUAAUCAGCUGUGUGUUUCAACUUAUCAAUAUAGCUUUAAAAGAUG